ACCGCCUACCGCCUGUCAGACUGCGUUCAGGGCGCAACCCCACAUCGGAGCCCUUGUAGCUAUGGAAACUCGUCGAUGGCAACAUCCACCAGUCUUUUGUGCCCUCAUCCUCCUCUUACCUCUCAGAGGUGCUGAGUGUGUGCAGCUGUAGCCGAUAAAUGAUACUCUGCAAGAUGGCGAUUGCGCGACUCGUAGCGUGUUUUGUGCUUUACAGCAGCCUAGGUCACAUUCCAUCAUCACUUGGGGUAAUCCUCCGGACCACGGACAAGAUUGUUUGGGCAAAUGAAUUUGAGCCCAUCGAACUGACCUGCUUAAUAGAGUCCAUCUCGACAAACAACCCAAGGAUUGAGUGGAAAAAGAUUAAAAAUGGUGUUCCCAGUUAUGUGUACUUUCAAAACAAGAUAGCAGGGGACUUGGAGAACAGAGCUCAGCUCAGAGAGCCGGCCAACAUUCUGAUCUUCAACGCCACUCGAUCAGACACAGCAGAGUACCGCUGCGAGGUGGCCGCCAUCGAUGAUCAAAGGGACUUUGAUGAAAUACUUAUUAGUCUUGCAGUAAGAGUGAAACCUGUUGUACCACGGUGCAGCGUGCCAGAGGCCGUCACAGUGGGAACAUCAACAGAGCUGCGAUGUCUGGAAAAUGAGGGCUUUCCUGCUCCUCAGUACCGCUGGUUUCACAACAAUGAAGAGCUUCCACAGGAUCCCAAAAACAGCGCGAAGUUUGCCAACUCUUCCUACAGCAUCAACCCCGACACCGGAGGCCUGAAAUUUCGAAGGGUCAGGAAGGAAGACGCGGGGGAGUACUACUGCCAGGCAAAGAAUGAUGCAGGGCAUGCACAGUGUCCCACGCAAUUAAUGGAAGUCUAUGACGUUGACAUCCUGGGGAUUUUCCUCAAGGUGUUUGGUGCUGUGGUUGCGUUCUUAUGCUUGGCGGUUUCCAUUUGUCAUUCCUUCAGACGUGGAUGCUUCCACAAAAAAGGCCACAAUGAAAAUAACUACAAUUGGCCUGCACAGAACAGCGGUGUUGAGUAUGGAGACGCGGACGAGGGUCAUUUCCGCCACAAGUCUUCCUUCGUUAUUUGACAGCCGACACGGAGGACGCGAUGUAACCGCGGCAAAAUAAACUUGCAACAACGAUGCUCCACUUGGUGAAGUUUGGAGUCUAACAUGGCACAUUAUUCUCUGAUGCACAUCAAAAUCAAAUCAGCCGACUUGCCAAAGUAAUUUUAAUAUCAUUUUGUGGCACUUGGUUGAGUUUUGUAAUGCCACAGAUUUUUUUUGUUGUUGUUUAUUAAUAUUAAAUUCCAUGAAAAUAUUUGGUUUUUACAUCUUUUUCUCAUUUUAUACUCAACAUAAAGCUACUGUACGAUAAAACGAUUUCAAAGCUGUGGAGGUCGAUGUUUAUAUCACAGUGUCAUCACAAAGGUUACUGUAAACUACAUUCCCCCACUGUUUUUGGACAAAUCCUCUUUUAUAGCUCUUCAAUUUUUUACAGUGUACGUAAAUUGUUUACUUCAUCCUUGUUCUUAGUUUGUUUCACAUGCAGAGGACGAAACAUGUUUUUGUACAUACUGUAGUUAAACAGGCAAUAAGUAGCAGGCUGCAAAAGGCUCAUGAGCUGACUAGAAGGCACAAUUUAAUAGCCUAUGACUAUAUUUACAAAUGAAAACAAACAUGUACAAGUACAGAAUAAAGUGUGAAUUUUAACACAAUAUAUUCCAAUAUGCUGCAAACUCAAUAUGUACUAUAAAGGUGGUGUUGAUGAUUUCUUGGAGUGCUGUUUCUGUGUAUAAGUGACCUUUUGUGCUUUACUAAUUAUUUUGUGAGUAUUGGACAUAUUGUCCAGGUUUGACUCAGUAUUAUAAAUGUACAUACAUACAUAUACUUUUUGGAGCUUUUAAUUUGAAUGCGUAGCACUCCAUACCUUAUUGUAAAUAUUGCAAUAAACUGUUUAUUGGAAAUACAUUUACAGUAUUCACUGUUCAGUGUGUAUCUGCAGUGUUGAGCCUGUCAGUAACAACAGUGUGUCAUUUUAGACAUUAGUGUCAACGAUGUGUGUAACAACUCAGGAACUGUUGUACAAUGUCCACUGUUCAUUUGAUAUUAAUGUUAUACGUUAAUGUUAUUUUGUUACUAUUAAAUAUAUUUCAGCUGAA